UGUUAGAAGUGGUCAAGAAACGUGAGACGCACGAAUUUCAAUCAGAUUCAGACCAAGAUCUCUGCGCUUACAAUAUUUAUUGUGUUGUGAACAAAAUCGAAAAUGGUUCAGUUGUCCAGUUACUCUAUCCCUUUAGAGGGAAUUCAGCACACUGAAGAAAAUGUCCAAGCCACAGUGGAAAGCUCUGCUCUUGGCUCAGGAACUUUGUACAUAACGGAAAGUUUUGUGCUGUGGCUGAAUCAAGGUCAAGAAGGCAUUCAACUGGAGUACAAACUUAUUUCCUUGCACGCAAUAUCUCGUGAUCUCCAUGCCUUUCCCAAAGAACAUCUGCUCUUGCAUUAUGAUGCUAAGCUCCCAAAUGCUGAUCAAGACUCAGGAGCGGAGUCCGGGGAAGAUGAAGAUGGGGGCUCUGACGUCUCCCUGACCGAGCUCCGGUUUGCCCCAGAGAACAGUGGAUCCCUGGAGACCAUGUUUUCCGCCCUGGCCCACUGCCAGACCCUCCACCCAGACAGCGACUGCCAGCUCUCAGACGACGAGUUUCAGGAUGCAGAAGGAGAUGGAGUUGGUGACGGAUACUUCCAAAAUGAGGAUGGGUUUGCGUACUUGAACGAGGAAGGGCGGGCGAACUUGGAGCGCAUGAACCAGAUGUUACUGGGGGGUCAAGGAGACGCCGAUUUGGCCUCUCGCACUCAGCAGCUCACACUCACCAACGGACACGCCAGUGACCAGGAGGGCAUGGAGCAGCAGGAGGGACAGUUCCAAGACGCCGACGACAUGGACAACCAGUAGUGAGGGACUAAUGCUCGGGUGGGGGGAGGGGGGAGGAGGUGGGGGGGGGGUCAAGGGUACAAGUUAUGCCUGUGUGUGUUCCGAUGGAGAGUAUGAUAUUUUACGGUACUUAUGUUGGGAAGAGUGGUGUUUUGUUUUUUUAUUAUGGUUGCUUAUUGUUCAGUGCUUUGGAUUGUUUUGUUUGUUUUUUGUUCUGUUACCAUUUUAGUUGUUUGAAAGAUCUGAAGCAAAGGACGGAAAAGUCUAAAGUAGCAGAGCCUGCUGUUUUUAUUUGGAUAUGUAGGCAGCUCCUGCUUGCAAAGGUUGAUAGCACUGUUGGCUGGAGUAUGUAAUGUCAAAUGAUCGUUUGGUUGAGUGUUGAGUGAGAGCGUUGUUGAGCGCCAGGUUGAAUAAAUAGAAGUAGAAGCACAUAGA